UUUUCAUUCAAGAGCCAGCCAUCUUGCAGGAAGUUGGGAAAAUUUUCAUCUCCGAAGAAAAUUGUUAAUGUUAGGAGUUUUGAUAGAAUAGAAGAUUAAUUGUUAUUGAAUAGUGAAGUAUUUGUGAAUAGCUUCUUACUGACUGAAUAACAUUAUUGUUGUUGGUCACGUUACUUAUAAAAACAGCUUGGUAGAAAAAGGGCGUGUUUGGUGAAUGUUACAUAAGAUAAUGUAGUUUCGAAGUUUCAUGAAAGCAAAUUACAGUAGAUUAUAUAUAAGGAUUAUAGAAAGCUAAAUAACAUUUCAAUGACGGGAAGCUUUAGAGUUCAACUUGUGAACAUGGGCACAAGGGGUGCUGCUUUUCAAGCGAAACUUCGCUGCUUACAUGAAUAUCAUGUGAGACUAUUGAGUAAUCAAAUCCCCGCACCUUCAGGAUCCGAUAUCGCGAAUACAAUUAAAUACUUUUCGCAAACUCUUUUGACUGUUCUGAAGGACGUACCAUGUUCACCGCUGGAAAUGAUCAAGGACCCAUCGCUGGAUCAAGUUCGAAUGUCGAGCUACCCAAACUUGGAGUAUCAAAAUCUCUACAAUGCGCUUACAAUGCUGCUCGAUGUUGCCUCAAGCAUACAGAAUGGACUCAAUCAGUUUGGAAAAGCUCUGCUACAGUGUCUUGGAUGUAUCCUUCCAUUCUUGGACAGGGAUUUGAUCGAUAAUCUGCCGUACUUGGCUGCAUCGAGUAUCUCUGUUUUAUCACCCACGUUACACCAGGAAAUCAUAAACUAUUUGUGCUACUUUAUACUACCGUUUACUAUAACUCGGCAAAGUGACGAUGACCAGGAAUGUCACGCUUGUCAAUCGGUGUCUGCUGUUAUAAUGCUAGUUUUCCAAUACUCAAAUAAUCCUGCCCAUCAUUGUCAGUUGCUAGAGUGUUUGAUGCGCCUGAAGCACAACGUUGCUAAGGAUUUACUGUGUGUUAUUGCUUAUGGUACAGCGGCUAGUCGUGCGUCAGCUGCCAAACUGUUAUUUUACUAUUGGCCUGCUUUCGAUCCGAACCUAUUCGAUCGUAAGGGAUUGCUGUGUAAAUUCACCAAUAAUCUGAUACCUUUCGUGUGCCAACGAGAGUCUUGCCCGAAUGCAGGAAAUGCUGAAGCAGUUAAAGUUUGUUAUGAUCACUGUAUCAGUAUAUUAUAUGCCACCGAUUCUCCCCCACCCCUCUAUCUUUGUAUUGAAUGUGCCAAUGAAAUUCACCGCGAUCAUCCAGAUUUACUGUUCGGAGACAUUCUUCAUCCUAUGCAACAAGUAUCGAUGAUAUGCGAGAACAAGAAUUGUAGGUCGAGUGAUAAAUCUGCGGUCUCCAUUUGUUUUUCGAGCGAAUGUGCAAGCUACAAUGGAAAUCAUCCGAUACGAUAUUGCGCCCAAUGUCACGGAAAUCGCCAUAAUAGUCGGCGAGGAAUCGAUCACAUUGUCCAUAGAAGUCUGCCUCCAAUGAUGAUGAUGGACGCCGAAAUGCAAACCUAUAUGGUCGAAGCUGUGAUCAGCCUUCUCAGAGAAGCCAAACCCCUGAACCUUGACUUUGGGCGUGAUUCGGCUAGUGAUUCUAAGUCUAGUCCUGGAAACGGGCCACAAGACACACUUACGCUUGAGGAUCGUCAACUGUUGGGCCGCUAUGGAAUAUGGCUGCUCGUGGGAAGAUGCAAACCAACAGCAGAUACGCCGAUCGAAAUACUAGGGCGUCUAUUAUCUAUGCUAUUUCAUUGGUUUCACAUCACAGCAUAUUCGUAUGACGGACAAGCUGAAAGUACAUUGGAAAAACUUAAACUGGAUCACGUUUGUGGUUGGCUGAAGGAUGUCUGUGAUAGUCAUUACAAAGAGUUUAUCGAUUGUCUCUUACCACAUCCCCCAGAGUAUUCUAGGGUUGGAGGGCAUUGGGAUACACUUGCAUCCAGGACAUCUCACUUGAAGGAAGGUCUCCAGCGUUUGAUCUGUCUCAUUCCUUAUGAGAUAAUCACGCAACAAAUAUGGGAUACCGUUAUGCCCCACUGGAUGGAAGCAGUGACAAACGAUGUGCCGGAAAAAGAACUACAAGAACUGAAAAUUGUUCUCAGUAAAAUACUUGAUCCGGAUAUGUCCCCGCUCGGUUUCGACGCGAAGGCAAUGUACAAUUUUGUUACAAUAAGAUUUGAGAAAACGACGGCCAAAGUUCAACAACAGGCCCUUCACUGGUUGCAAAAUUUAACCAAGUUAGAAAUCCUCAUUCCGUUGCCUCAACUGUUCGCCAUGUUUGGCGAUGGAGUGAGAAUCAUGAAACAUGGGGUGCAGGCUGAAUCACAUUCGGAUAAAUCUGGAAGAAGCAGUGGUGUUAAAACCACGAAGGAAAAAGACGUACAACCACCGAGAAGGAGCUCCAUCUCUCCUGUCGUAGAAGAUGAUUCCGGAAACACUUCGGCAAUUUCCGACGAUGAAGCGCCAAUAUCUAGACAUACAGAAUUUUCCAGCGACGCCGAACAUAAUCUUACUUGUUGCAUCUUAAUGUUAGACAUUUUACUCAAACAGAUGGAACUACAGGAAAUAGAACAACACAGUGGAAUUCUUUCGUCUGUUUCAGAAAGCAUAUUUCGGCUGUUGAAAUGUAUGGUAACAGCCGCCAAAGUUGGACUUGGAAAUCACAUAUGUUUAUCCAAGGAAUGCGGCUAUUGUGAAGCUUCUGUAAUGUGGCAUCAACUAUCAACAAAAAUCGUUCAGUAUUUAGCUCCGCUGAAUCCAAUGCGUCCUCCAGAUCCGCCGUUAGUAGAUAUAAUAGACGACGACAAACCGUCCCGCAAAAGUCCUCCGGAAUCGGAAAAGGAAUCCAAAAGUCGAGAACGAGACGUUUCUCUAUCAAUGGCCCCUCUACCCAUACCCUUAGGGCCUUUAGUUGUGCCGUCUAUAUUAGAUGAUGUUGGGAAAAUAAUUAUCAUGGCAGGACCAGUUCCGGUGGCCGUUCCGCAGCCAGAACCUCACUCGGUUGGUGGCGCAUUAGUGCAUAUGCCGCAUGUUUGUUCUAUAGCUGAACGUGGGCGUGAUAAGGAUAUUUCCCAAUUCAUCCACGCAACUGAUGAGAUUAUGACAGCGACUGUUGAAACCGUGUCGGAGCAGCUAGAUUUAGCCGCUAUUAUUCCAUCAGAAAAAAUCGUUACAGCUGUAGCUCGUUCAGUCACACUAUCAGAUGCAGAUGUUGCAACAGCAACUGUUCAAAUUGCCAAACCGACAAUCGUGGGUGAUAACUAUGAAGGAGAUGAAGAAGAAGGCAAUGGCGACGCACACUACGAUUUGGAAGAUGGUGACGACUUUUGGCACACUUCGGUGGGAAAGUUUAAAUUCUCGAUCGACAAUCUACCGCAAUCUCUGCAGUAUAUUCACCAAUUGUUGAAAGAAAUUCCUACCAUUGAAAAACCGGACAUCCUAUACUACACCCUACAGUGUUUGAAGAUCAUGGUUCUUCACGGCGACGCAUUCUCCAAGGCAGCACGUGACGAUCGAGGUUUUUUCAUCUGGUGUCAAGAAAAUUUACUGAUCAAAAACCUAUGGGAGCUUUGCAAUGCCGAACAUUCACACAUCUGUGAAGUAACUGUCCCCACCUUGUUGCACUGUAUUACACUACCGUUGGGAUCAGACGUUUUCUGGAAUGUAGUCCAUGAUGCUUUCCAUGAUAGUGAUUGGAGAACUCGAUUCCAAGCCGUUGAACGCGUUACAGUCAUUGCUAGAUUUAUGGAUUCAACACCUCUGCGUUCUGAAGUUAAUCUGCAGGCUUCGCUUGCCACUGCGUUCUGUCAUCUCAUAGCGGCAUGUGACGAUUUGAACGUCCAUGUCGCACAAAGAUCCACACUAUAUCUAGGAACUAUCCACGACAAUGCGAUCCAAGCCCUUGUCUAUUGCCUAGAAUCACAGUUUGACAUGUUCAUUGUUGAUCGGCCAGUUGUUCUACAAUCGAUCUACCAGCUACAUAAUAUGCUUUCCGAUAGGAAGGUGCUUACUUGGGAAUUCUUCCUCAACCGAUUCGACACAUUAUUUGUUGAAGCCCAAGUGAACUUGGAGAAGAAUGGUGAUAUAUCCCAUUUAAGAGAUUUGCGUAAUUCGGAAAAUGGAAGCGAAAUAUUGUGCACAAAAAUUAAUAAGGCAAGGGAAGCGCUAAGCCAAUCGGACACAUCUGGAAGUAUGUCAAAAACUUUGAGCGCAUCCUUUGGAACUAAAUGGCCGUACAAACGUACUAUGUCAGCUCCUGCAACGAUCAUACCACGACAGGAGUCUAAAAUAGAGAAAGAAAAGAUCUACAAUCGUCAAGUUUCGGCACCGAUUUUGAAACGGAAAAGUUCCCGGUUUGGAUUGGGUCAGUUUCUAUCUUCCGGCUCGAAUCAGAAUCAUUUAACGACUCCACAGCACACAUAUUUACAAGCUCAUUCUCAACACUACAAUCAAUUGCACCCUUACAAAUCACAACAGUCCAGCGCCCCCACGAAUUCACAACAGUUACAACCCCACCAAAACUUUUCCUCCCAUCACCCGGGCCGAUUUGACAACCUCACAACCUCAUCUGUUCCCACCACUCCCAACCUUAUUUCAUCCCAGCAGUAUCAGCAACAUCAGCAAUCAUUCUUCCAGCAAAAUUUUGCCACAUCCUCGGCCACGGGGGCGCCAGAUGGACACAUCCAUUCCAUUGGCGGCCCUGGAGAUGAUUUCAAUCUCUCCGGAUGUUUGUAUCGCGUAAUUGACCUAGAGGAAGCUGAUAAAGAAACAAUUCAUCUGUUGGUGUUUCUUCUUAUGCAGUUUAUGUCACGACCUGAUUUGGCAUAUCCUACUGACGAGAAGCCAAUGCUGAAACAGCAAUCAAUUGUACUAAGACAUCUAUACCUUUUGUUGGGAUAUAAUCAAACUGAAAAAAUAUUCCAUAUACCUCCGGCACGUUUAAGGACCUCUGCUGUGUUUAAUUCUUUUAUAGCAAACCUUCCACAGGUUUUGGAUCAAAAUCAUCUGAUGGGAUGGAUAUUGCUACCCACCGUAAUACAGGUUCUCUUGUACGCUCCAAACCAAGGAAACGGACUCCUUCAAACGGGAACUGAGUCAAUGCCAACAAUUGCGUACAAUUAUUCCUUAUGGUUUAUGGAAUGUCAUGUGCGGCGUAACUGGAUGAUGGCGCUUUUGGUUAUUUUAUACAAAUACCAAUAUAACCAACCGCCAUAUGUAGACCAAAUCCAAAAUUUGGUAAGACUAGUGAUCAAUUCGCUUGAUUCACAUUUCCAUCAAUGCCGCAGAAUACCAGCAACUGUUGUAAUGGAUGUUCCAUCUACCAGAUCCCGAGAUUUAAGCCAACCUUCACUUGGUACUGAGCAGGAUGAUAAGUUACAAGAAACACCUCCAUUAAGUCCACUAUUCCCGUCAGAGGGUCCUUCGCAUGGACAUGCACAUUCUUCGAAACUCAAAGCUAAAAGCAACCCCCUUGGAUUUAGGAAAUAUCCCGAUUCGAGCCUUGAGGUCAGUGAUACGGAAUCAGAACUUGUUGCAAUACCGGAAAGCGAUAUUUCUGACAACACAUUGCAGGGGAGCAGCGCGCCGGGUUCUUUCGACGAUACUGGUAAUUGUGACGAUAUAUGUUCACCAAUGAAGCCGGAUGGAACGAAAAAUAAAAUGACUACAGCUAAUUUUGCAACCGCCCAAUUGGCUGUUUCUACAAUAACAGCUGGAGAUCACGAUGAUAAGACGGAACUAUCCAAGAAACUACACAAAUUUAUUUCUUCCGCAAGUGGCGGUGACAAAGAUUCCAACACAGCUAUGUCAACAUCAUCGCACAAAACCUCUCAGCAACCAAAAUGCUCCGUUCAAGAAGGAGUAAGGAUGAUGGUGACAUCUUCAAUGCUUGGACAGCCAAAGGCUCAAGCCAUACUUAAUCCACCGGCAAAUGUUCAGAAGGCCAUAGUGGUGACACAAAUUACAUCCAAUGCCCAAGCAUGCAAAUCAACAGUAUCGGUGUGUGCACCUCAAAUUCAAGCUAAAGGAAAUGACUUGGACGUUAGAGACAAAAAGAACACAUCCCAAGAAAAAGCGAAACCAUUAUCAAAUACACAGGAGACUUCCGCUAACUGGACUGAACAGAGAUCAGUGUCUCCAACACAGAAAACUUUAGGUCGCCAAAAACGUGUUAUCGAACCUAGUCUUACGCCAGCCAGUACUCCUAUUUCUAACAGCGGAACGUCUCAAAACAAUUCAGAAGAAAACUGUUCAAGGACUGCCCAUCGAAAUGAGCUUAGACAGUUUGAACGUUGUACUAACAAUUAUGCAUCGCCCGAAACACCAUUAUCAAAGAUGGAUCUCAUGAUUCCUCCAGCAACAGAAUCGACGGAAGGUUUGUUAAGUCCAAGAAGCAUUGCUCAGCUGGAAAUACCAACCCCUGAACGCUUGCUGCCUAUCGGUCAACAUGGUAAGGAAGGCAUCUCGGCCCUGGCAGAUAGAGUUCGCGAGGCUCUCAGUAUUCCCGAUAUAAGCCACCUGAAACACGACAGUUUCGAUAAGUCAGAUAGUCUCGGAAGCAACAAAGAUGACACUACCCUCAACAGCAGAUGUGCUUCACCCAGGAAGCUUAUAAAACAAGUGGCACUAGAGUCGCCUCCGCACAGUGAUGAUGUUCACAAUACGGCACUGCGGAGUGUUUCAACUGACUUGAAGACUGAUUCAGCUAACCGCGAUCAUGUUACUCGUCAACCGAGGCAACGAUUGAGGAAAACCGGGCCUUUUGCUAUUGGUUCUAUAAGCACAUCAGACGGUAGGCUUCGGUAUGCCGGUUCGUGGCCACCCUCUAGCAAGGACGAGUCCGAUUGCGAAGAACCUCCCGUGGCUGGAAGUAGUAAUAGCUCGGAUAAACCGAGUGCAUGCCGUAUUGGAGAUGAAUGCGUUUGCGAACGAUGCUCAGAGUGUGGCGCGUUGAAAGAAGAAUACACUGACGAGGAAAUGGGAAUAAUGCUCAUAAUUUUGGGAACAUUUAUCCAUCGAGAACCGGCCUUGGCUGCACCAUUUUUACCAGACAUAUUGACCAUAGUAUCCAGGGUGGCACUCCACUCAACAUUCCCUUGGCAAUGUGAAAGCACCACUCAUCUGCCGGGAGGUUCACAGUCUGUUGCACAUCAGUUUAUUCGAUGCGUCCUACACCAACUGGCACCUAAUGGUGUAUUCUAUCAAAUAUUCUUAACACAAGCUAAUGAAACUGUUCGUAAGAAGUUCUACAAGAGUGUCGCCAUUAGCUUGAAUGAUUUUACUGAAUUGAAUCCAACCAGUCCCGUGCAGCUUUUGGUAGAAACUUUGAACACGAAGAAAACUUUACCAGUAGAUAUGUUGACGGUGAUUCUGAGGAAUCUGUCAGAGUAUCUACAAUGUUUGGCGAUCGACAGUAUCAGUGGAAGCAUCUGGUCAACGGCUAUCCAGGGCUUAGACAGUCUAUUCCGGCGUAUAGUAUUUAUCAUCCCAAGCUUGGACGAAGCAGAUAACCUGCUUCAUAUUAUGAAUUCAAUUCUAAAGGUUCCACAACUCUCGAAGAACAUUCUAGAGCCAUUUUCAAAAAUAUUGAGUUACGCGAUACAAAAUCUUACACUAACACAUAAAGUUUUGGUCGAUUUGUGUCAUCUCAACAAUCGAGCAUUUUCGAAAGAAAGAGACAAACUCCAGUUAUGUCGCCAGAUGGUAUUCGAAUUAGUGCAGGCUCUUAAGUUCAAAACCAAUAUACCGGAUGGAAAUCUACUGCUGUUGGUGGGUAUCCUGCUACAAGAUGCUGGAGGAGCAAUGCCCUCAGGAAUUAUAGAUGAUUUACCGGACACCGCUCCGACAUUCAGCUGUAAUAUCGCGGAGUAUAUGCGACAAACUUAUUUGAACGAUAUCAUGGAGUUUCUAGCCGAUUUUCACACACUUAGCAAAAUAAAAUUUCUUUUUGCAUCAAGGCAAAACUUCAAAAAUGGUGGCAUCACGUCAGGUCUUAGCGAAGAUACUCUGGGUGGUGUAUUAAAAGGUGCAGUGGCGCAAUAUUUAGCCUUGGAAAUGUCACGAGGAAAUUCCAGAGACAAUCGUGCAGUAUCACGUUACUUGCCGUGGCUUAAUAAUGCACCUUCCUCGCUGCAACAAGGGCCAAAAGAAUUUACAGAUUGUGUAGGCCAUAUGCGUCUUCUGUCGUGGUUGUUGAUGGGCUCACUGACACAUACUGCGCUGAUGGGAAAACGUGGAGGCCAUAUUGGACAACAUGGCGCUGCCGUUCAUUACCAUAUGCAGCAUCCGGUCAAUAGCAUGACUCAACCCGUUCCUCAGGAAUCAAGUUGUCAUAUUGCAGAUCACAUACAAGUCAUUUUUGCUGGUUUUGCCGAGCAAUCUAAAACCUCGGUUCUGCAUAUGUCGUCCCUGUUCCAUGCAUUCACACUGUGUCAGUUAUGGACAGUGUAUCUCGAACAGAUUGCUUGCGCAACCACACCUUCAUCCGAAGCUCACAAUAUAACGAUGGGUAUACUUUUUGAAUUUUGGGCCAAAGUUACCCCCUGCAUCCUGCAGCUUGUAUCACAUUCAAAGCUUUCCGAAAGCGUUAAUCUACACUUUCUAAGUCUGCUUGAAGCUUUGAAGGAAACACGUUCCACCAUCCUGGCCAAGCUUUUGCCUUUGUGGACUCCAGUGCUAUCGUCCAAUACGCAACUGUCUGGAACACUACAUGUACGCCUACAAAAUUGCCGGGACGCCGUGCCAAACGCUACCGAUCAGGAUCUCCACGCGUCGGAAGCAUUACUCAAGUGGUUACAACGAUUACAGUUCAAAAUGGGACAAAUCGAGCUACAAUCAUCAACCGCCACACAGUUCUACUCCAUCUAAAUGUGUGAUGUUAACGGCAUCAUUUCAAUAAAAAGUAUGUAUUCCGUUUAUCUGACUGUCUGGAUGUAAAACCUAAAAUUUAUGUUAAACAUUA